AUGAAGAUAGAUGAAGAUCUGGGUCCUGAUCGCGAAGACCAAUUCCAAACAGACGAUGAGGAAAACCAGGGUGAAAGGUUUUGUCAAAGCGAUUCAGAUUCAGAAUCUGAUAGCAUGGAUUCUUCACAGUACCUCUCCAACAACAGUUUUGACGUUACCACUCCAUCAUGGCCUCAGAGUUACAGGAAGUCGAUAGACUUGCUUACCGGGACGACACCUCCUUCAGUUAACAUCUUGAAAGGGACCAGUAGUAUGGCGGGGAAAACCAGUUCUUUAACUUCAGUUUAUAAGAGACGUCAAGGUUCAGAAGUGGAUUCUUCUCUAAGUAGCCCAUUCAUCUCCGGACAAAGUUUAGGCAAAGAAGUACCAAGCUUCAUACUGCCUGUGAAGUCAUCUGCAUCUUCUCAUUCGAGAUUUUCUGUUAAUGAAUUGGCACCACCAGAUCAAAAAGCUUCAUUAGCUCAAUCAAUACUCAAUGGAACAAAUGUUUUGUGCGGCAUCGGACUCCUUACAAUGCCUUACGCAAUCAAAGAAGGAGGGUGGUUGAGCCUCAUAAUACUCUCACUAUUUGGUGUCAUCUGCUGCUACACUGGGAUAUUAUUGAAAAAUUGUUUAGAAAGCUCUCCUGGACUACAAACUUACCCUGAUAUUGGACAAGCUGCUUUUGGAGUGGGUGGGCGCUUAGUGAUAUCAGCUUCGUGUGUGGAGUACGUAAUCAUGAUGAGUGAUAACUUGUCAACAUUAUUCCCAAACAUGUACAUGAAUUUUGCGGGAAUACAUCUGGAUUGUCAUCAAAUCUUCUCCAUCACGGCAACUCUCAUUGUUCUUCCAACAGUGUGGCUUCGAGACCUAAGUUUGCUGUCAUACCUUUCAGUUGGAGGAGUAGGCGCAUCAAUUAUAGUUGCUCUCUGCUUGUUAUGGACUGGGGUGAUCGACAAAAUUGGAUUUCAUCCAACUGGAACAGCUCUAGACCUUGCAAACUUGCCUGUUGCAAUUGGUAUAUAUGGUUUCGGCUUCUCUGGCCAUUCAGUUUUUCCAAAUAUUUACUCUUCUAUGAAAGAACCAUCAAGGUUUCCAACAGUUUUAAUUACCAGCUUCAUUUUUUGUUGGCUUAUGUACACUGGAGCAGCAAUAUGUGGCUUUCUGAUGUUCGGGAACUCGAUCGAAUCUCAGUAUACUUUAAACAUGCCAGCACAAUUUGUGUCUUCUAAAGUUGCAGUCUGGACAGCAGUUGUUAACCCGAUGACCAAGUAUGCCUUGGUGAUGAUGCCUGUUGCAUUGAGUUUAGAGGAACUCGUGCCUUCAGGCCGGUUUAGCUCUUACGGCGUGUCAUUAAUCAUCAGAACAAUCCUAGUGACCUCGACUUUAGCUGUGGCACUAGCAGUUCCAUUCUUUGGUUUUGUGAUGGCCUUAAUUGGAUCUUUACUUGCAAUGCUCGUGGCUGUUAUCUUCCCAUGUGUAUGUUAUCUCAGUAUACUCCAUGAAAGAUUAACUAAGUUGCAGAUAGCAGCUUGCCUUUUCACCACUGGCGUGGGGGUGUUGUUUGCUUGCGUGGGCACAUAUUCAGCGAUUACAAGAAUAGCCGGCAAACUUGGCUGA